UGGGAAGCAUAAUUUGUCAAUUAAUUAAUCUCUGAGCCAGCCCUUGGGACCACCCCAGGUGCCUUUAACCAUAUACUUGUAGUAUACCCAAGGAAAAAAGUCCUUUUUCAAGUGAUAAAAUGCCCGUCUCGGCACCGCCUGGUCAAUCCUCAGCGCCUUUCCAAACGUCUCCUUGGGUACGCCGCCGUACUUGAACUCGGCCAGCAGCACCUUGCCGUACUCUGUCAACAGCGGGCACGAUGUGUAGCCGUCAUACUCCUCGUCCGCCUCCUUGCCCUUCAUUGACCUCAGCACAUUCUUGACCAGAACCGGCGCUUGCGCCGUGAUGGCUGCGGCCGUCUUGGAUGUGGGCAAACUGGAAGCAUCUCCGGCACUCCACACAUUCUUCCACUUUUUGUGCCGGAGCGUCUCUUCGUCGACAUCGACAAAUCCAGCCUCGUUGGCAAGAGGACUGGAUUUGACAAAGGCGUGAGCGCCCAUUUUGGGAGUGACAUGCAUCAGAUCAAACUUGCGGGUGAGCUUCUGGUUCUCGCCAUGGCUAAACACGGCAUCGUUGCCGUUGAUUUCAACCAGAUCAUGCGCAAACAAUCCCUCUACUCCUCUCUCUUUCCGCAGCUUUUCCAGCACGGCAGAGUACUUGGGAACGCCAAACAUGACGGGAAGGCCGGUCGCGAAUGUGAUGUGGAUGGGUGAUGACGAGGGGUUUGCUGGGUCGUAAAGACCGGAUUUCUUCCAGUGAUCAAGGGCAAGCCACAUGAUCUUUUGAGGAGCGCCGGCGCACUUGACAACACCCAUCGGCUGGGUGAAAAUGGCCUGGCCGCCCUUGAGUGCCUUGAUGGUGCGAUCCGCCUUGUCGCACGUGUCGUAGCCGUAGAUGGAGGAGACGCCCGAAUCUGGGUUGGAGAGGGCAUCCUGAAGCCCCUUGAUGCUGUUGAAGUCAACCUUGAUUCCGGGCACCACGACGAGGUGCUCAUAGUUGAGCUUGUCACCGUUGUCGAGAGUGACAGUGUUGGACUCUGGCGAGAAGGAUGCCAACUCUGUGUUGUAGAAUCGCAGCUUGGGAUCGAUCAAACUCUUGAGUGGUUUCCUGAGCUGCUCCUUAUUCUUGAGACCGCCGCCCACCAGGGUCCAUCCGGGCUGGUAGUGAUGCCAUUCUGCCGGGUCGACAAUCGCAAUGUCGUCUUGGGAGAAUUUCCCCUUGCGCAGGAGCUGGUGGCUGAUGGUCAGACCAGCUGAACCACCGCCGACAACGACGACCUUGUGAUUUCUGGUGGUGGAGGUGACAUUGGCGACACUCGCAAAAGUGCGCACGGCAGCCGGGGCCAGUUGCGUGAUGACUGAGCGGCGGGCAGCACAGGCUGCUGUGGUGACUAAUAGUUGACUGCUGGACAUGUUGGGAUGGUGAUGACGAGAGGUCUGUCAAACGGAGGUCUGAGAUCUCAGAUCCAGGAACAGGAGAGGUGUGUGCUGAAUGAGAUGGAGGACAAAGAGCUGAAAUGGUGUGCUCGAGCGUGAGCGAAUUACCCAAGGGAGACGGCCAAAUGUGGGGCAAGUCGCCGAGUCCCGGAGCUGUGAAACUUUUCUUGUCGCCGGUCGAGUUGACUGCACUUGUGAUGACUCGGCCACCGGGUGAGCAAGUUUCUCUUCCUCCCAUGAUACUCGGUCGGCGAAAACAGCCAUUCCACACAUCCGAUGAAGUUUUUCUCCCGGGCCGAGCGACCCGGUUAGUCACAGCGUUGCAAUAAUCGCCGUCUCUACGGCUGUCGGUGGCAGUCGGCGGCGUCGGAACUCGGCGGAUGAUGGGCAUCGUGGUGCUGAAAAACGGUUUCUAAGGAGAAAAAGCUGAAUAUGGCGAGAUCAAUCAGGUUCCCAGCUUAGCCCCCAUGCUUCUUGCCUCCCGGUAAUGCCCAGUAGGCCGGCGUCUGCAACAUCCCUGCAACACUUGUCAUACACAAAGCUUAAACAGACCGACUCCCAUCCCAACUGAUCAGCGUGUUGUCUUUGCCCUCACGCUCACCAAGACCACCAUGAACACCCUUCAGGUACAGCAAUGCGUUGAAAACGCCAUCAGAUGCCAGGCGACCACCCGCCUGCUCCUCACCCCCCUGGUCAUUUCUUCGCUUCGACUUCCACGCACCCAAUUUUUCUACCACUCUCAACAUCGGUCUUUCCACCGAGCGGCGGCAGGGAGACCCUGUUGUCGACAAUCUGAAAAUCCACCUCGACUGUCUCAAUGUCUACUACGCAAGACCUACUCUUCAGCUACUUCCCCUGCUCCGUCAGAACCUACCAUUCAUCCAGUCUUUGAACAGAGAACUGGCACUUUUCAAUAUCUAGUCGUCGAUUCAGUAACCAAAGACGCAGUCAUUAUCGACCCUGUUUUGGACUACGACAAGUGCAGCACCACCAUUACCACCACCGCGGCUGACGGCCUCCUGUCUUUGGUCCGUGAAAAGGGAUACAGGAUCGUGCGCAUUCUAGAGACCCACGCCCAUGCCGAUCACUUGACUGCUUCCUUUUAUCUCCAACGGCAGCUGGUCAAGCAGCAGGACCUGAAACCCCCCGUGAGCAUCGGCAAGCGGAUUGGACAGGUACAAACCUUGUUUGGGCAGAGAUAUGGGAUCGACGCCAAAGAGUAUGAAGGUGUUUUCGACAAACUGUUCGAGGACGAUGAAGAGUUUUCUAUUGGAACGUUAAAGGCAAAGGCCCUGCAUCUUCCCGGCCACACCCCAGAUCAUUUGGGAUACAAGAUCGGAGACAAUAUCUUUUGCGGAGACUCCAUCUUCCAUACUGACAUUGGCACGGCAAGGUGUGAUUUUCCCGGCGGAUCGGCCCACGCCUUGUAUCAGUCAGCCCGCAAGAUCCUGUCUCUGCCUGAUAAUGUCAAGAUCUGGACCGGGCACGACUAUCCACCCGAUGGUUUGAGAGAGCCUGUGCCAUUUGUCACCGUUGGCGAGCACCGCCAGAAGAACAAGCACCUGAGAGAUGGCGUUACUGAAGAGGAAUUUGUCAAGAUGAGAAAGGAAAGAGACGAGCAUCUGGCUGCCCCAAGACUGCUGCAUGAGAGUCUACAGGUGAAUGUGAGAGCUGGAAGAUUGCCAAGUCAAAACGACUCCGGCAUGAGGUUAUUAAAGGUGCCUGUCAAAGUCAAGGGAGCAGGAGUAUGGCAGUAGGUGGGUGGGAAUUGCAAAAGCAUGACCAGGCCGACGAAUUGUGUAACUCGUACUGCUACGGUCCUUUCGCAGUCGUGAUUGUCGCUAUCGGCAAGACUUCACCGUGGAGGCAGGAGAAGGUGGCGGCGUACGUGACUGCGCCAGUGAGGUUUUUGGCUCUUCUCCAUGCUUGUCCAUGUCUGUCUCUAUCGAGAAGCUUUGUUUUCUGUUCCCGGGCAUGGAUCAUUCAGAAGAUGGCAUGCUGUCCCAGUCACUGGUUGAAGAUGGAGGGAAUAUACGAUUCGUAGCUUGGCUAAUGGACAAAUCUUUUAUGGGUAAUAUGCUAUCUAAACGUGGUAUAAAACUACCUGCAAUGAUGCAUAUUGAGUGCG